AUGAUCAAAAAAUGGCGCGCCUCGCGCGUCGCUGCUCCAACUCUCCACACGCUCUCUACACACUGCUGCCAACGUACGAUUAACGGGCCAAGAAGCCGCGAGCGGCUCAACACGACAGCUUCCAGACGUAAAUCGAUUGGCCGACUCCAGAACUCCAACCAGCCGUACGACGUGCGCCAUCCUGUGAUCAUCCCGAAAGAACACCGGUACACGAACUUGCUGCUGUCAGAAGUCCACCUGCACGCAGGACCAACUCUGAUGAUCGCCACACCCAACCAAAGAUAUUGGAUCGUUGACUGCCAAACUGUGGUGCGUGGCUACGUUGCGAACUGCACGCGCUGCUGCAGAAUGAAAGCGAAAACCGCGACGCAGAUGAUGGGAAGCCUGCCUUCCGUACGGACGAACGCCUUGGUCGCGAGGCAAACGAAGACAACGACUGCACGAAAGGAAGAGCACCUAGAAGCCGUUUCCGACCUGUCCACGAGAGCGUUCUUGACCGCCCUCAAGCGGAUGUUCGCCCUUCGUGGGAUAAGCAGCGAGAUCUGGUCCGACCGCGGAACCAACUUCGUGAGCGCGGACCGACACAUCCGAGAGCACCUGCAGUCACCUGAGUUCAACCGAGCUGUCAACCAGUACCUGUCGGACCUCAAGGUGAAGUGGACGUUCAUCACUCCAUCCUCCCCCCACAUGAGAGGAAUCUGGGAAGCGGCGGUGAAGAGUAUGAAGAAGCACCUCCGAGUGGUGCUCGGGAACACGGCGCAGACGUACGAGGACCUUUCGACCGUCUUGACGCAGAUCGAGGCGCGCUUGAAUCCGCGUCCCUUGUGCCAGCUCUUUGCGUCGCCUGACUCGUACGAGGCCCUCACGCCGGGCCACUUUAUCAUCAACCAGCCGCUCAACCUGCUGCCGGAACCGGACAUCAGCCACAUCAAGGAAGGCCGUCUGGACAUGUGGCAACGGAUUCAGCGCCACGUCGACGAGAUCUGGGCACACUGGCGUGACGAAUACGUGGCCACACUUCAACCCCGGAACAAGUGGCAAACGGUGCAGCAGAAUCUGGAUCCGGGACAGCUGGUCCUGAUCAAGAACGAGAACACACCACCUGCGUCCUGGGAGCUCGCAAGGAUCGUCGCAACACAUCCGGACCCGUACGGCGUCGUUCGCAACGUCACCGUGCGCAGAGGAGAGAAGGAUUAUCAGCGGCCGGUGCACAAGCUGGUCCCGCUUCCGAUGGAUUGA